AUGCAGGUACUGGAACUGGCUGCUGUGAGCCGCAGACCUUGCCGGAGCGCCGUUCUUGACAGCAGCGACACCUCGCCUCUUCGCAAUGGAGCGUACAGCAUCUCGCAGACUUGUUGCUACAUCACCCCCGACAUCUGCCUGCCGUGCGGCUCACUGGCAGGUGGCGGCAUCGUCUUCGCCGGGCCCUUCUACCCACUCGUCGACUUCGAGCUCCUCAUGCCCGACAACUGGCAGGCGUACACGCGGCACUUCCUCAUGCGCGACCUAAAAACAAAUAUCGAUUCCCUGUACGGCGACCAGAACGUCGCCAACACGCGCAUGGACACGAUGACGAUCUACUAUGUCCAAGGGAACACGACUAGGUUCCCCUCUUUGCUCGCCAGGCAGAUCCGACUUCUUAUUACUCGCACUGAGGUAGACACGCUCGAGGCGACGCUUGUGCCUGACUCGCCCAAGCAUGCUGGAGACCCCACGAACCCUUCUCCGGGGCCAAUACAGCAGUACUAUUAG